AUGUCUGAUCUGGCUACACCUAAUCCAAUUGGUACAGGAAAUGUCACAGUUAUCAGCGAACCUCCUGAAACUUCUGAAGCUAGAGAUGCUAUUCAACAUGAUGAGUAUGUUGCCUGUUUGACUCAAGAGGUCGAGGAUCUGCGGGGAGAAUUGAAUCGGGUUAAGGACUUGACUAACUUAUCCAUUAUACUCCAAAGUCCACCUUCUGAACCCAGGAAUACUGCACCAAACCCAUCACGUUUUCCAUCACUUGAUUCACUGAUUCCCAAACACUUUCCUCCUCAGUAUCCCCCAUCUAUCAAUAAUAAUUCACUUCCGGCCAGCUCAGAAAAUCCACCGAAUCAACCACCUACCUACACCCCUCCACAAAGUCAUCCACCCACCUACACUACCCAUGUCGCUCCUCCUAAUCCACCACUUGUUAACCCACCAAGUCAACUUCUAGUUCAUAUUCCCUACGUUCCUCCACCUGCUUAUACUUAUCCGCCACCCACAACUACUCUUUCAACUCAACCAAGCCAACCACUCACUAAUACCCCUUAUAAUCCUGUACCACCUCCAAUCCAAAAUACUCCUAACACACAAAAUUAUCCCGCCUAG